AUGGCGGCGCCGACCUCACCUGAUGUGAUUGUCAUAGGCGCUGGCCUGGCAGGGCUCUCGGCGGCGAGGAAUCUCUCCAAAGGAGGCAGAUCUGUCCUCGUCCUUGAAGCUCGGGAUCGUGUCGGCGGCCGGACACACUCCGUGACCGAGGGUCCCUACACCAUCGACCUUGGUGCGCAGUUCAUAGCCGACAAGCAGCGCCGGAUUUCAGCACUCGUCGACGAGUUCGGCAUCACCCGCGUGGAGCUGGAUUCCGAAGGCAAAACUCUUCACCGCGACGCCCCCGGUUCGAAGGUGAAGCGGAUAUCGGAAGACUCGUUGCCCUUGUCAUGUCUUGCUCAGUUGGAUGCACUUCAGUCGAGCUGGCGCUUGGAAAGCAAAGUCAAGGCCCUCUCAAACGCGGACCUCGAUAAGCUCGACACCAUCAGCCUCUCAGAGCUCAUGCGUCAGAAGACUUUUCUACAGUCUUCGCGGUCAAUGUUGGCGCUGAUGGCCCAAUCAGAGCUAUGUGUUUCGACUGACGAAAUCUCCGCCUUCGAGUUUCUUCAGCAGCUGAAAUCUGUGGGGGGCAUGGAGGUGGAGGCCGAGGAGUACUACAUGAAGGAGGGCAGUCAGUCGAUCGCGAAGCGGAUAGCCGCAGACCUGGGCGAUGCCGUCAUUCUGUCCUCUCCUGUAUCUGCAAUCGAGUUCUCCGGUGAGUCCAUAAAGGUGACGGCCAAAGAUGUUACGUACAGCUCCAA